UCUCCUCGAUUUCUUCAUUUCCGUUCCGAGUGGGUCAUGAUUCCGUCGCGUGGACUACACGGUUCUUCCUGAACUGCUGCAGGCGCUCCUCCUAUCCUCGCGGUUUCUUGAAUCCUCCUUUAGUGGGCCAUUCCGUGCUGUGAGCUUCAAGCGUUGUGCAGUGCAAGGAAUCCGUGGUCGCAUUGCACACUCCUCCAGAUCUUUCGAGAGAGAUUCCGGUUUCAGCUGCACCCACGCUUGUCUAUCCGAAUGUCAUCGUUGAAAUCCCUGACUGUUUCUCAGUAUCCGUCAGCCAUUCUCGCCGAUCGCGGAUCUUCUUCGUUGUGCUCACCCAACCGACUGUCAUCAGGUUUCCUUCCUCUUCCUAAAUCGUACUCGCUGAAAUCGACCUCACAGAUAACAACACAGAUAUCCCCGCCAGCGCUCGACUUCCAGAUUCACCCACGAUCACCGCGCGUUAACCGGCGAUCGGCAGUCGUCAUGGCAGCGCCGGGUGCCUCUAACGGGAGUGACAUCUUCAAGCGAAGCAUCAACCUCAUGAUCGUUUCCGACCUCGACAACACCAUGGUGGAUCACAAGGACCCCAACCACGAGUCUCUCCGCGAGUUCGCCUCUCUCUGGCAGUCCUCGUUCUCCCGUGACUCGCUGCUCGUCUACUCCACUGGCCGUUCUCCCACCCUCUACGCCCAGCUCAAAGGCCAAGUGCCGCUGCUUACGCCAGACAUUGUGAUCAUGUCGGUGGGCACAGAGAUAACCUAUGGCGCCUCCAUGCAGCCGGAUAAAGGGUGGGAGGAGUACCUGGACGACGGGUGGGACAGGAGUGCUGUAGUGGAAGAAGCCAAGCACUUCCCACAGCUUCGGUUCCAGCUUCGGUCCCAGGCGGAGUCCGAGCAGCGCCCGCACAAGGUCAGCUUUCACCUGGAGAAGGACAAGGCGGGCAAUGUGGUGGAGGAGCUCAGGAGCAAGCUGCAGCAGCGAGGGCUGAAGGCGAAGGUGAUCUACAGCGGGGGCUACGACCUGGAUAUCCUUCCUGAGCGCGCGGGCAAGGGGCAGGCCAUGGCGUACCUGCUGCGGCAGUUUAAGGAGCAAAGUGGCAGCCCACCAAAGCAUACGCUGGCGUGUGGUGACUCGGGCAACGACGCUGAGCUGUUUGAAGUGGAUGGGGCGUACGGCGUGAUUGUAUCCAACGCAAUGGAGGAACUAGUGGAGUGGCACAGGGCGCAUCACAGCACGGACCAUGUGUUCCGGGCCACCAAGCGGUGCGCCGGAGGCAUCAUUGAGGCUAUCAACCACUUCAAGUUUGGGCCACAGUAGCGAAAUUACAGAAGCUACAGAAGCUGGCAGAACCUGGAGCCAGAGUCUCGUUUUCAAGAAUCUACUAUACAAUAAAGUUCAAGAAGUUGGCCUCCAUCGUUUCUGGUAGCUUGUGUUUU